GGAUCAAAAGGAGAAAAAAGAGGUCGUGGGCUUUAUUUGUUUACACAUUAAUACAUAUUUUUAUUAUUUAAUUGUGCUCAAAAUGUCGAAACUACCACUUUUGAACGUGUAUGUUACUGAGCGAUUAACAUCGGUUGCUGCUGAGAUUUCCGAGGUGUUCGAGAGAACAGUGGUAGAGUUACAUGAAGAAAUCUCGCGUUCGAAGAGGGAGAAUGACCGUCUCCGUAGGCUGUUGGAUUUGGUUUACAAACCCGACAUAAAGUUACAAAGAGCAGACCUCCAACUCCAUCUCCCCAAAUCAAAACAGCAGGUUCACCCUGAACAGCAGCAUUGUGUGCAGGAGUGGAGCCCUAAUCUGGGUCCAGAGGACCCCUACCCCACACCGAUUAAAGAGGAACCCAGUCAGGACGAAGAGCAGCUUCAAGUCCUUGGGGAGCCUGAUAUCAUAAAGUUUAUAUUCAGUCCUGCCUGUGAUCAGGAGAACCCAUCUCAUCCUUCACAUAGGAACAGACCCCAAACGUUGGAGGGCCAAGAGAGGGACUCUCUUCCCACCAAAACAAAUGAAGAGAUUAAAAGAGAACCUGAUGGAGAAGGUUAUGGAGUAUCAGAACAAACCAUUCACAUUCUGCCCCCCUCUGAAGUAAAUCCAGACUGUUCUGCGGCUUUGAGUGAAAACAGGGCAAGUCAGGCAGUGGUACAGAUUGGAGGACUAACUUUAGGGCCAAACAAAGGAGGAAGCACCCAUGCCUGUAUGGGAGGAAGGAAAGACUCACUGUUGCCUCAUUCACCAUCACCAGCUCAUAGUCUUGCAACAUCUUACGGGUGCCUGGUGUGUAGGGAGACGUUUGCGUCCAAGGGCUUUUUAAUUUUUCAUGUGCGAAAAACACACACAGAAAAUGAAGCCUGCAUGUGUGGUGUGUGUGGAAGAAAGUUAGAUUCCAAAGAAAGUUUGAUGGGACACCUCCAAACGCACAUUAAAGAAAACAUUUCUUGUCAUGUGUGUGGAAAAAGUUUCUCUAAGAAUAGUGACGUAAAAAUACAUAUGAGGAGUCACACUGGAGAGAAACCCUACCGGUGCAGUCAAUGUAGGAAAUGCUACACACAGAAGGUAUACCUCAAAUGUCAUAUCAGAACUCAUACAGGGGAAAAACCAUUUAGGUGUCAAGAAUGUGGCAAAUACUUUUCACAGAAGAACACCCUGACCAAUCACAUGAUGAUCCACAGAGGAGAGAAACCAUAUGAGUGCAAAAUAUGUGGAAAAUGCUUUAUUGAAAGUGGAACCUUGAAAAGGCAUAUGCGAGUUCACACAGGGGAGAAGCCUCAUCAGUGCCAAGAAUGUGGGAAAGGCUUUUCUGAGCGUGGGAACCUUUCUAAGCAUAUGAAGACCCACAAAAGCGAGAAACCUUAUUGUUGCAACUAUUGUGGCAGAUGCUUUAGUGAUGAUCGAAAUUGUAAAAGACACAUGAAGACUGUUCACAAGAGUGUGAACACAUAACAAUGGAGUAAAUCUUGCAGUACGAGUAAAGCGUGUUUGAUCCCUUGAUCUACGUGACAGUUUUUUUGGAAGCACAGCAUGUGGAAAACCAUCAAGAAAUAGUUCAUUUGUUUUAUCAUUAUUAUUCAAUCAAUGUAAUAGCAAAACAUAUAUAAUGGUUAAAUGAAUCGCUCAAGACAAAUUUACACGUGACAAUUUGAAGUAAAAAAAAAACAAACACAUAAAGUGUCUCAGUAAAUGAUGGCAGUGGAGAGCGCUGUCCAAAAUGUUGGUCCAACAUCUCCUAUUGGUGUUCAAUUGGGCUGAGAAUUGGUGACUGCAAAGGCCAUACCAUAUGAUUCACAAUUUCCAUUCUCAUCGAACCAUUCAGUGACCCAGCGUACCUGUGAAUGGGGGCAUUGUGUUCCUGGAAGAGAGAACCUCCCAUGAGGAUAGAAAUGUUUCAUCAUAGAGUAAAGGUGAACACUCAGAAAAACUGUAAUAAUUUGCAGUGACCUUUUCCUUUUAAGGGGACAAGUGGACCCAAACCAUGUCAGGACAAUGCAUCCUAUUGGCAUAACAACCUCAGAACCCCUUUCACUGUAAGGGUGACACAUUCAGGUUUUACCUUAAAUUUUUCUGCCGGCUGUAUUUCUGACAUUCAAUUGAAUACCUUAAGUUUCACCAAAAGGUCUGGAUUCCGUUGACUCUUUCUUUCAUCAUCAUGCAAUGGUUCUAUAAUAAAGUAACUGAACUCUAUGUUUGACUUUUUA